AUGUCUGUGGUGGUGGAGCUCGAGAAUGCCUUGCAGGCCAUGCUUGUCACCAAACCACCCGGAGUGUCUGGGUCAAAAAUCAACCAAAUAACUGAAAUCAGUGCAAAAAACGUCCAGUCCGAAUCCGUUAUCAUCGGGAAACUUUAUACACAUUUCAAGAAGUGUCCAGGAACCCAUAAACUAGGCCCCCUCUACGUUGUAGAUUCUGUUGCUCGCAAGUACUUAGAUCUUGCAAAGAAGAGCCAACAACCGGUCUCUGCCGAAGCUCCUGAUGGCACCUAUGGUGCUGGUGUCUAUAGAAUCACCCAGCUACUCCCAAGUUUAAUGAAUGAUAUUUUGCAACAUGCGCCUCCAGAAGAGAAUAAGGAUAAAAUAGAAAAGCUCGUAGCGAUUUGGGAGCGCAGCUCAACAUUUCCUCCCGAGGUCUUAAUGGAGAUUAAACAGAGGAUUGCAUCAAGCCCCAUGUCACAGGCCUAUUCACAGAAUUCUACAACUCCAACUGGGUCACCGCCUCCACAUCUGCAAUCCCUAAACGGACAGAUGCAGGCUUUCCCACAGUAUCCGAUGUCGCAACCUCAACAACAACCACCACAGAACCAGGCACAGCCAAAUGCAUCAAAUACGGCCUCUAUCUUACAGGCGCUUGCAAACAUGGCAAAACAAAACCAAACAGUUACUCCCCCUACCGCCCCUGCCCAAGCACCCACACCCCCCGUAGCCGCUACACCACAGUAUAAUGUAUCAAAUGGCCAGAUGAAUGGGAUGUCUGGUUUGUCACAAGAUACUUCGCUUGCUCCUUCACGGCCUAUCGCGCCCCAAGUUCAAGCUACUCCGGUUCCUAUUUCCUAUACUCCCACUCCCCCAAUUGCGAACAAUGUUCCUAUGUAUGGAAAUCAAAUGCCUGGCAUGUAUCUUGGCCAGCAGCAACAGCCUCAACAGCAACAGCCACAGCAACCACAGCAACCACAAAUUCAAGCAUCGUAUUCCCAGUAUACUCAACAGCAACCACAGCAACCCCAGCAAGUACCGAGUGCUGCUACUGCUCCUGUAGAUCAGAUGGCCCUUCUCCAGCUCCUGCUUAACCACCCAGGUUUGCAGGGCAUGAGCCUUCCUCAGUUGACCCAGUCUUUUGGAGCCCUUGGUACUGGUGCUAUUGGCGGUGCAGAUGGUCAAAAUGGCCAAGCUAUGCCAAUGUGGCAGCAGCAACAAAUGCAGCAGUUGCAGCAAAUGAUAAAUCCUCAAGUACCGCAAAAUGCGUCUGAGCCUCCUCGUGAUGGUGGAUAUAAUCGCGAUGUUCGUCGUAAUGAACGCGGAUACUCUCCACCGCCCAUGUCGCCCCCGCGUUACCAAGGCCGUCGGGGUAGAUCCCGUUCAAGGUCCCCAGCUCGCUUCGAUCGUGGAGGCAGCGCUGGAGGAGGAGCAGGGCGCUCCCCGCCAAACUUUAGACGUCGUAGCCCUGUAUAUGGUGAAUAUGAAGGCAACGAUACUCGCAACGGUCGUGAAGGUGGUAACGGUGGUGGUAACGAACGUAAUCGUGGAAGGGGACGUGGUGGGAAUGGCGGUUUUGGGCGCAGAGGGGCAUCCCCCCGCGGUCGUAGGGAUCGUAGCAGAACCCCUCCCAAUGGGAACAGGUUCAACGGAAAGGGCAGCCAAGGCGGUGAUCGUACAACACCCACUUUGCCUAAAUUUAACAAACUCGUGGAGUUUGAUGAAGGCAUCGCGUCAAACAGCAUUAAAGUUCUCAGCAGAACCUUGUUUGUUGGUGGUGUAACCAUCUCUGAGGAUGAACUUCGCGGGCUCUUUGAGAGGCACGGAUUGGUCCAGUCAUGCAUAGUGAACCAGGACAAGCGCCAUGCUUUCAUCAAGAUGCUCACUCGCGAUGAUGCGGUCAAAGCCAGGGCUGGCAUGGAAACCUAUAGAGCUGAUAAUAUGACCAUCAGGACACGAUGGGGAGUUGGGUAUGGACCGCGAGACUGCAGCGAUUAUCAAACUGGAAUCAGUAUCAUCCCAAUUGACCGCCUGACCGACGCGGAUCAAAGGUGGAUGGUCUCAGCCGAAUAUGGAGGAACUGGCGGAAAGCCAUUGGUCGGUGGAAUGGUUGUUGAAGAACCAGAUAUCGAAAUUGGUCAGGGUGUAUCCUCUAAAGCCAUCAGCAAGCGGUUCCCGACCGAUUCUGGCGGGGCAAAAGGCCCACGGUCCUCCCAUGACACUUUCGUCGAAGCCCACCGUGAACAACGCAACAGACGCACGGAUUAUAACGACAACAACCAGCGGGGAGGUCGUGAUAAUAACAUUGGUGUCGCCCCGCCAACUCCAGGGUUCGGUGCCGGACUACCCUUCAUGAACUUUGUGCCGCCGAACAUGCCAAACGGUUUCCAAUAUCCCGGAUUCCCAGGUCAGUCCUCAGGACGGUGA